AUGUUUCUACUUUAUGUUUCUCGUUUAGAUUUUCCUUGUGUUUUCAGUCUUCUUACAGGAAAAACUACUGAUGUAUAUCAACAACUAUUUUCGGAACUCGAAUGCCAUGCUGAACGAUUAAACAUGAAGUUUGAACCACGUCAUGUUAUAUCAGACUUUGAGAUAUCAUCAAUUAAGGCAUUUAAACAAAAAGUAUGUGUCUGUUUUAAUUUAUAAUUUUCAUUUUUGGUUUUACUAGUUUCCCAUGGCAAUGCACCAUGGUUAUUAUUUCCACUACUGAAAAGCCUUAUACAAAUAUAUUCAAUUAGUUAGUCUUUCAACAGCAUAAUUUAAUGAUGAAGAUACACGUUUAGCAUGUCGAAGCGCAAUAGCUCUUGCUCUUCUUUCAGUUGAAUACGUGGAAAAGGCUGUCAAACUUCUUGAAGAUGACUCACCUGAAGAAAUGGCUGAGUUUUUCGGCUAUUUCAAAAAAUGGUUAAAACGAAUGCCUGCAACAUACUGGAAUCGGACUGGCCUUUAAUUUCAUACGAACAAUUUCGCGGAGGGGAGCUCUUAUCUUUUUUUUGGUAACUGUGCAUUAAUCUUCGACUGGAUAGCAUAGCAUACUAAGUUUAACAAUCGUGUCGACAAAUAUCAUCCAACCAUCUGGUACCAGUGUCCGACACGGAUCACUUUUUGUGACCCGAUCCGACCCGAGCUCAAAAAUUUUUUCCUUACCCGAUCAGAUCCGACCCGAUCCGACC